AUGACCGACCUCAAGACCAUCGUUCCAGAGCUCCAAAAUGCUCUGGAGCGGAAACAGCUCGACGCUGCCAACAACCUCCUCAGCCAAGCCAAACGAGCUCUCUUGAUCCACAACGCCCUCAUUCCCACUUCUUCAACGCCACCACAGCUCGUCGCUGUUGCUCGACAAGUGCUCGAACUCGGCGCCUUGGCUUCAAUCCGCCAGACUGAUGCUCAGUCCUUCACACGUUACUAUCAGCAGCUCCAGCCAUUCUACGAUUUGGAGCGACACUCUGGUCUUCCCGGCCAUGGCUCUUCAGACCUGGACUUUAGCACCAGUCAGCGGAGCAAGAUCACUGGGCUUUACUUGCUCCUGCUUCUGAGCAUGGGUGACAGUGCGAACUUCCAUACUGUGCUGGAAGGUCUAGUUGAGGAGGCAAGUCUCAAGGGCGGCCGUGUGGAGGAUGACGCAUACAUCAAGUACCCGGUGGAACUGGAGCGAAAUCUCAUGGAGGGAAGCUACGACAAGGUGUGGCGGGAGACAAAGUCGGAGCGCGUACCAUCAGAGGACUUUGGUCUGUUCUCGAACGUCCUUGUUGGCACUAUUCGCAGCGAGAUCGCAGAUUGCUCCGAGAAGGCGUACCCCUCACUUCCUAUCUCCAACGCCAAGAACCUCCUUUUCCUCGAUUCGGAGGGCGCAGUCAUCGAAUUCGCCCAGCAGCGAGGCUGGAUUCUUCGUGAUGGACGGAUACACUUCCCCGUUGAGCCCGAAGCGGCUACGAGAUCAGAGAAGGACAUCUUGGUGGCCAGCGGGACUGUGAUUGAGAACACACUGGGUUAUGCUCGCGAGCUAGAGACUAUUGUUUAA